CCCUGCUUAUGGUCCCUAGCUGUGCAUGCUGCGCUCCACAUGGCCAUGGAGGAUCAGGAAUGGAUGUGUUGGCAGGUGGACGGAGAAGACAUCGAUUUCGAGGCCCAGAAACGGGAGCUGGAGCGGCUGGAACAGGCGCGUCGCGACAGACUGGUCGCCGAGGAACUGCAACACGACCUGUCGACGGACCGGGAGAUGAGCAGCGAAUGUCUCACCGACCCCACCGAGAUACCUCCUCCCUCGUCUCAUUCCGAGGCCCUCGAGCCGCCCGGGGAGUGCCGGGAAGAGGUGGCGGAACCUGCGCUAAGAUUCAAAGUAUCCGACGCCACACCAGGCCCCAGCUCCACACGCUCUUUCUCGCCCCUUGACACCGCUCCCUCCUCCCUGCCACCUCUGUCCAGACAGACGGUCCUCUCUCGCACUACACUGACUGCAGGUUCACAGACUUUGACCAGCGACUAG